AUGGCUUCAAACACAAGCUGGAUACCCUACCUUCACCUCCUCAUUCCAGCCUUGAAAGGCACAGCAAUAGCCGGCUCUCUCUGGUCCGCCGGCGCCAUGACAACAGCACACACUCUGCUACCUUCAAUUUACCCACUCGUCUCAUCGUCGCCAAAGCAAGCAACACAACAAUGGAACUGUUACUACCGAGCUCUCUCAAACAUCGUGCCACGAACAGAUCUGACCACGAUUCUCAUCUGUGGAGGUCUUGCGUAUCUGGAGUACGGACUUCGGCCACAGGGCUUAGGGUGGAAGCUGUGGGCGACAGCGACAGGUCUGAUGCCGCUAGGGUGGGUAUUCGUGUGGGUGUUUAUCUUGGCACCCUCGAAUAAGCUGGUUGAGAUGGCAACAGCGAGCGAUUCUGUGGCCAAGGAGAAACAGACGGAAGUGUCUAGUCUGUUGGAAGAAUUUAAUUCGUUGAUGGGAGUGCGGAUGCUGUUCCCGUGGGUUGUGGGCGGUCUUGCUAUUUGGGCUUCUAUAGGUUUGUAG